AUGAUGCCUUUAAAUUCACAACCAUUAACCUCUCCAAGUUCUGAUAGUAUAUAUUUAUCGUCAUCGACAAAUACUAGCUAUGGUACUAAAAGCAACGUUGCAACUAGGACAAAUAGGUUAAUCCCAAGGUCAGGUUCCACGUCUGACCUUUUCCAAAUUCCCCAGUCUGUUCAAAAUCAUCCGUUACGUAGGAAAGUAAACGCAUCGUACAAUAUGAAUCCAAAUAACCAAUUAAAUAGAAGAUCAAUUGGUGAUCAUAAAAAUAAUAAUCAUUCACAGCUUAAUUACUCUUAUAUGAACAAUCAUGGACAUUCGUAUACUUCAGGAACUCCUUUUAUAACACCUUCUGCUGUUAACAGACCUUCUAACAAUAGUACAUCCUCAUUAGCAUUGUCUUCUUCUUCUCGCCGCCAUUCAUAUCAAAAUCAUCAAGAACCACGUAAUAACAGCACUCCCUCUACAACUCUCCCAAUAUCAGUCAGUAGUAAUUCACUUUCAUUAAAAAAUAAUUCGACUUCUAAUUUGAAUUCAAGUUCAUUUGCUUCUCAAAGGAGGAAUAGCAUCCAAGCAACAGCAAGGAUGCCUGUCAAUCCACGGAUCCAACAGCUGUCAACGAAGGCAAUGAAGCCUUUACCAGAAAGAUCAAGUAUCCAAAUUGAGCAGGAACCAUAUCAAAGAAGUCCAAAAAGACACAAUAAAUCAGACCCCAGAAUUCCACUCUACCAAAAGCACGACCAAAGGCAACAAGUACAACAGAAAAAUGCAACGCCUCUUCAAAGAAGUCCUCUUCAACAACAACUGUCACUAAAUAUACCACUGCAACAAGCAAAUAAUCGUUCCUCCAGAACUGACCUACCACAACAUUAUCGUCAUCAUAAUAAUCACCAUCAAACUAUUUCUGGUAAUAACAAUAACAAACACAACUUCUCAACAUUGAAAACUACUCAUAGAUCGACAAAGUUAGUAACAGAUAGAAAUAGAAAUGGUUCAAUGAGAAAAUACUCUAAUAUCUACAAUAGUUCAAAUGCUUAUCCACCUUCUAAAAGUGUCACUCAAAAUGUUGUACCUACCACCAUCGUGAACAACACACCACCUUUCCUAACGAAGAAGAAAGACUUGACUCCAUACCAAAUACAACGUAGACAGAUGAAAACUUCUUUCCAAUUUCCUAACGGAGAGAGUUUUACCCCAAGAAGUCAAUUUCCAAAUUCAAGCCAGAUACUGCCUUCAUCUUUUCCAUCAGACUCUACAACUUCAAUUCUAUCAUCGCUCGUUCCAAGUGAAGAGGAAUCUUCAACCAUAUCCAAGAAUAACAAUAAUAACUCUGUGAAAAGAUCGAAAUCUAUCACUACGUCAUUUUUAAGAUUGAAAAGAACAGACACCAAUGACGAUGACAAAGACACUGAUAACAAGACUACUAAAUCUAUUAAGAGAUCAAACUCACAAAGAAUUGGGUCAUUUUUCAAAAAUUUUAUAUCAACUAAGAAAACUGUUGAAUCGUCCGAUAUUGGUCCCCUUAAUAACAAUUAUAACACUUCAGAUGAAGACCUAAACAGAAAGUUUGCUGACUUGGGUAAACAUCCUGAAGAUAAAGUUACAAAUAUGCCACCAGCAAGAUCUCCAAAUAGACCUACUCUAACGGACACACAAUCUGCCAAAAGAUUCUAUCAAAAAUGCGUAGAUCCUACAACAGCAGAUGCAACAAAUAUUCCAUCUUCAGAAUCAGAUACGACUUUGGACAGAUUAAAACAAGAAUGGGAAACUGUCAAUAUCAUUGAAAAUCCAACCUCAUCACCCAAUCCUAAAACAGUAGCAACUCAAGCCCUCAAAACCAAGAGUGGUACGAAUGAUUCGACAGAUUCAUCCACCUCUUCCUCUUCUCUUACAUCAUCUUUAAAUACAGGAUACUCUACAUCAACAACAGUCUCCACUCCAACUUCUAUAUCAUUAUUAAAGGCAAACAAUGGUAAGAAAUCAUUAAGAUUUGCUACAACAAUCUCUUUAAUGCAGACGUAUUCACCGCUUGAAUAUGAAAGAGGGGGCCUAGAACCUACUAGUGAUAAGAGCCCCUAUGGAGAUAAAGUAGUCUUUUUGAAGGAUUAUGGAUUCAUUAAUGAAAUAAAAUUGGAAAUUAAUGAAUUUAAGAGGAAUGAAAUGAAUGUUCAUCAUGAUAGUUCAAAAUUCACCCAUUAUUUUCACUAA